UCAUAGUGUUGCUGCUCCACCUUCUUUUCGACGCAAUGCAGUUGCAUUUGUGUAUUUAAUACAGUCACUGUCACACUGAGAAAGAAGCAGGACCACACUGCCACCCAUACACCUCUGACCGACUUAUCAAGAAAGACACAAUGGAAAAGGGAUUCCAAAUCCCAGCACCACCAUACCCUGGCCCCCCUCUGGACUACAAUGCAGGAGUCUUCCAACAAGGUUACCAGCAAAGUGUCCAGCCUGUUGUCCAGCCUGUUGUCCAGCCUGUUGUCCAGCCUGUUGUCCAGCCUGUUAUCCAGCCUGUUGUCCAGCCUGUUGUCCAGCCUGUUGUCCAGCCUGUUGUCCAGGCCUGUUGUCCAGCCUGUUAUCCAGCCUGUUGUCCAGCCUGUUGUCCAGCCUGUUGUCCAGACAGUUAGCCAAAUGGUGGUGGUGCAGAAUCUGCCAAAAUGCGUUCCUGGACAGAUGUUGUGCCCUUACUGCCACACCAAUGUUGUGACUAAAAUUGAGUACAAAAUCGGACCAUACACCUGGUUGGUUUGUGGCCUAUUAGGAGUCUUCUUGUGCUGGCCUUGCUGUUUCAUACCGUUCUGCGUCAAUGAUUGCAAGGAUGUGGAGCAUUCCUGCCCCUCCUGCAGCGGCAUUAUCCACGUCCACAGGCGCAUGUGAAGCAGAACUGCAGUGUAUGUUCUACUGAAGCAACAGCAGCAGGGCAUCUCUGUGCAAACAGACAUCCUCUGUAACCCUGUGCUCAUCCUGUACACCUGUUUCCAUGUUUUAACUGUAUAUAAACUGAACACACUGAAUAUGUAGCUAUGUAGAAGAGCAACAAAGAAACUCCCUUCCUUUCCUUUUAACUUAAGAAAUCACCCUUUAAGAAAUCACUUUAUAUAAAUUUACUGUGAAAAUAUGA